AUGAGUGGCUCCCAAGCACUUAGACGUCUCUUGUAUAUCGACACAGAAGAGGGAUCUGUUGCGCGCCGUGGUUACCACUAUGAAGGAACGUACGAGCCACUGUUGCGCUCCACAACACUUGAGCAGCCAGCGGCGGUGUUGCCACGCAGUGGAUUUCGCCUUUCCUGUGCUUGUCUAGCGGGAUGCCUCCUUGGGUGUCUGACGAUGAAAGCGCGAAACAUGGAGAGGUGGUGGCUUGGCCUUUUCUUUAUGUGCGGUAUGUACUACAACGCAGUGAAGGCUCAUAAAGUAAACAAUGGUCUUGUCGGCCACCAAAGUGGUUUCUUUGCGGCUGGAAUGGGUGUCUUAGGAUGCGGCAGCCGGUUAGUGGUUCGUGCUGGAAGUAGGAGAAACAAUGUGCGGCUUCUUUCGUUGUUCUCUGCGCUGAUGUGGUACGAAGUUGGAAGGUACCACCUGUGGGCAGAGCAUGUGUCUGAGUUCCGACGUGAGGUGACACCGGAGCGCACGUACAAUCUACUGACGGAGUACGUCCCACAGGGGAUUGACACGGUAUUUCUUCCUUAUCGCUCUGUGUCAUCGCGGUGA